GAGGGAGGAAGGAAAAAAAAAAAAAAAGAGAGAAAGAGCGGAGAGCAUUUUGCGUCGGCCGAAACAGGCAGGAAGGAAGGGGAGAGGACGGAGUCCGCCGACAGACGGAAAUGAGAGGGGGGUGUCCAAAGAGGAAACCCCAUCCCUUUAAGAGCAAGUGGGACAUAGCGGUGCGAGAAAAGGAGAGGAGGGGGAGAAGAAAGAGGAAUUAAAAAAGAAAAGGAAGAAAGAGACAGGGAGGGAGGAGGGAGAGCGGGCGAUAAAAAAAGAAAGAUGACAUCCUCGCAGCUGAGCGGCCGAGGUGGAGCGAUAGGCUGCGGCCCGGCGAGAGCGCCGCUCGCCGGGGUCAGGGCUUGAAUCCAACAACGAGGCUUCGACAAACACCCGAUUGGCCUAUUGGAGGAAAUCGGAAAAAUAGAUCCAUAAAUUAAAAACAAAGCAUGACCUGCUGUGCUACCAGAUACGUGUGUUAUAACCCAUAUGUGUUCUCUUGCGUAAAAAUGCAUUUAUUUCACGUAGACUGGUUUCUUGUUUGUAGCUAAAGUGUACUACUCUUGGAUGCGAUUUUUUUUUUUUGGUUUUGUUUUGUUUUGGGUUUUUUUGGGAGAAUAGUUUUGUUGUGUGUGGUUGCGUUUGAGUCAGGUUGUUGCUGGAGUGGGUUUUUGAAAGUUGGAAACCAAAGUCAAAGAGAAAGCAUUAGCGGCGGUGGCCUGCUCCACCACUGCCCGCCCGCCUGCGUACUGCAGCCCGCAUUAGUCAACAGCUGCGUGCAUUUUAAUUGACGGCACUAAGGCUACUACCUCAAUGAGAGAGAGAGAGAAAGAGGGGAAAAAAAACAUACGAUCGCGGACCACUUUAUUCGCGUUUUUCGCGAGAGCAUCCGGAAGCCCGCGGUCUGCGCCGCAGGACAGGCGCCUCCUGCCUGCGCCCCGAUCGCCGCUGCGCCGAUCCGCACCAUGCAAAGACUGCUCUCCUCGAUCUCAAUCACCAGCUGACUUUAUAAUCUCCAUCGCUGUGGCGCAAAAUGGAUGCUGCUUGGAGCAAUUUUCUCUUCCAGAGUGCUCCCACCCAAAACCAAGUGGAGGGGAGCCUCCAAUCAGAGCUCCUGCCAGUGCAUACGAGUUCUCCCCAGACCCCACCCACAGAGCACAUAGCACAGCCUCCUUCAACUGUGGACACUACUGCUCUGAGUGAGGAACCUCUGCCUGCUCCAGUGAAGCCAGUGUCUCGGCCGACCCGGGUGCAGCACAUCUGUGCCAUCUGCAACAAGCAGUUCAAGAACAACUACAACCUGCGGCGGCACCAGUCGGUCCACACUGGGGUACGCAUGAAGGACAGGGCCAGAGAGCAGGCGGAGGGAGCAAAGGAGGGAGCGGCCGGCCAGGUGGUGGCGGCGGCGGAGGCCCCGCACGCCAUGGCGGUUGGGGUCGGAGGGGGGGCGGAGAGGCCCACGGUGCCCCUCUCCCUGCUGCACCUCUCCGCGCCUCCCUCUCUCGCCCCUCCCGGCGUGCUGGCGGGGGCGCAGCAGCCACCUCUGGGUGGCCACGAUGGUGAAGGGGUUGCCAUGCCGAACGUAAUGGCUAGUGUGAACCCUCAUGCUCCGCCUCCUGCUGCUGUCGUCAUGGCCACAGGGGCGGCAGUACAGCGGCCCACAAACCCCAACCCCAACCCCGUGAGGAAGAACCACGCCUGCGAGACGUGCGGGAAGGCUUUCCGGGACGUCUACCACCUCAACCGCCACCGGCUGUCCCACUCGGACGAGAAGCCGUUCUCCUGUCCCAUCUGCCAGCAGCGCUUCAAGAGGAAGGACCGCAUGAGUCACCACGUGCGCUCCCACCAGGGCGGCGUGGAGAAACCCUACAUCUGCCCGCACUGUGGCAAGGCGUUCUCCAGGCCCGACCAUCUCAACAGUCAUGUGAGGCAGGUUCACUCCUCGGAGCGGCCCUUCAAAUGCCCGACUUGCGAGUCCAGCUUUGCGACGAAGGAUCGUCUGCGCGCGCACAUGAUCCGCCACGAAGAGAAGGUUCCCUGCCACAUCUGCGGGAAGCUUCUGUCCGCGGCUUACAUCACGGAUCACAUGCGAGUGCACAACCAGUCGCAGCACCACGCCUGCCACCUCUGUAAUCGCAGCUUCACCACGCUGACGUACCUCCGGGUCCACGCCCAGAAGCACCACGGGCAGGAGUGGAAGGACAGCCCCGGCGGCUUCGGCGGCUCGGCGGCGGGCGGCGUCCUCGUCUGCCACCUGUGCGGCGUCCACUGCAAGACGCCCACCCAGCUCCAGGGCCACAUGGGCACCCACAGCAACAGCCAGGCCGCCCCCGCCGCCUCCAACGUGGCCGCCAGCAGCUCCGUGUCGCUCAGCAACAUGGUGACGGCGCCCACCGUCUACGUCACGGGGAACACGGUGGUGGACCUGCUGGUCACGGACUGCUCUAGCAUCGCGGCGCCGCAGACGCACAGUUAGCAGAGGAGAGCUCAGCAGUAGUAACCCCCGACCCCCCGGCAGAGGUGGGGGGGGGGGUUGGAGACGGCCGAGAAUACGUGUAGAUGCUGUAAGGUCAGGAUUAAAGGUUAAUACCAAUCAGCAUUCAGGGUCAGUUUCACUGCAGACCUGGAGAGAGACGUGAUUCAGGAACGACUUUUGACACUAACGACAAACAUGGAUGUGUUGUCCAAAUAUUUCUAAAUGCUCUCGUGCAUUUCAGAUUUCAAUGAAACUGGUAUUAAGAGCAUCUACUGUAUUGCUUUCCCCUCUCUGCCCUCUCUCUCUCUCUCUCUCUCUCUCUCUCGCUCUCUCUCUUUUUGCCCCCAUCCUCGACCCCGGCUGCUCUCUGCAAGUGCACCAAGUACUGUAUAUCUCACACCAGCUCUGAUCUUACCUCCAUUUUGCAGCUCGAUUACUGAAAAUCCAAAUGGCUCGCGUCAAGAAGUAGCAGGGAGGGAGGGAAGCGCGUCAGAGGGCGACGCCGUGUGUCCGGGCGUGAAAAAGUCCGGGCUUCUCAUCGCAUGUUAGAUUGUUUGUUCGCAGGUUAAAAGUCAAGGUUUGAUUUGAAGCCGUAUGGCCGUUUUCACGGAGCGGGACGUUCACGGAUCAGGACAGAUGACGGCGCGCGUUGUGGAACUGUGGGAUGUACUUAUUCAUUUGUUUUCCUCAAGGUACAGAGACGGGGGGGGGGGGGGGGGGGGGGGGAGUUGUGUCGGCGCACCUUAAAAUGUUCAUAUUAGAUUUGAAGAGGAUCAAAAAAAUUGGGGUUUUUUUUAGAUUUCUUGGGACUGUCUUUGCUCUGAGUCUUCCUCUCUGGAUCUGGCCUUUGCAAAAAAAAAAAAAAAAAAAAUAGAAUAAGAAAAGAAAAAAGAAGCAACAACACAACUGCUAAGCAACACUUCAGCUUCUGACAUGGCGACUUCUUGAACCUAAGAACUACCUUUUGCAUGAAAUCAAGCUAGCUCAGACACGCUUGUCGUUAGGGAGCUGUCGUGACGAGACGAACUUUCAGCAGUUCCACUGUUAGUUAACUGUAAACAAUAAUAUUUAUAAAAACUUGAUUUUUUUUUUUUGUUUGUUUUUGCUGAGAAUCGUUUUAUCAUCGUCGGCCAUUCAUUUGAUUGUAACUGUCAUUGCCAUAGUCCUUUUGUUUUUUUGUUUUUUUUUUCUUUCUCUACACAGCCAGUCAAAGGAGUGAAACUUAUGCAUUAGAUUUAGUGGUUUGAACUCUCUGUAUAGCACAUGAUGUUUCCGCCGCCAGUCAUUUCUCUUUUCUCGCCACCGUCGCGUCGUGUGUUCCGGUUGCUUUGGGUUCUGUUGUGAGUGAUGUGAGGUGUUGCAAGGGCUUGAAAAGUCGCCCGUCGGGGCCAGAGGAGUACGACGAGCGGCCGGUGGACGGCGCCGCUGCGUAUCGCCGUAAACAAAUCCUGGUUUCGUACUGGAGUGCUUUUUCAGUUUUUGUGUUCAUUUGUUCCUUUGAAGUUUUGUAGAGUUGUUUUUUUUUUUCCCCACCCCUUCUCUCCUCUUUCCUUUCUUUUCUUUUCUCUCUUUAAUGAUGUGUUCUUCCUGUUGAGAAAAUUAGUGAUUGAUUACAAGUUGAUUUUAGGGUUUUUUUUUCUCCAUUACACUCAGAAAAAAAAAGGAAUAAUACCUCUACUCUAGGAUUCUGUACAGCUCUUGUGAUACAUCUUAAUGCCUUAUCGUACUCAACUGCAUUUUAAUUCUUUUAUGAUAAAAUAUUUCAAAUCUUAGUCAUUGAUUAAUUAAAAAAUAUUAAUGGGAUGUAUUUAUAUUUAUAUUUUUAUAUUUCUCAACAGUAUGCAUGUCUAAAAGGUCGUUAGAGCAAAAAAAAAAAAUCAACGAUGCUUACUACAGUCAUAAAUAUUAUGUUAUUUUGUAGAUGAAGUAGAGAUCAUGUUAUUAUUUUGUAAUUUGGACAAUUUAAAGUAAAAAGAGUAAACAGCUGA